AGGGACGACGAUAUGGACAGAUAUUUUCCGAAUGUACUCCCAAGUAAACCUACGGGCGCCGAUGGUGAACUGUUUGCCCAGCCACAGCAGGACUAUCAUCUAUCAGGGUGACCUGCGCUACAGAGACAACAUCAAGGAGAUCGACGUACGAGUCAUUCUAUUAACUGACAUGAUGCUCAUAUGUAAAAAAAUGUCUAAGGGCAGCUUGUACCCUUUAAAAUUAAUAAGGCCUAAAUACAUGGUGGACCGAAUGACCCACUUCCCAAGAUACAGCACGCGGAACCCUAGGGAACUGGCAUCCUUAAUAUUCGUCAUGGUCGACGAAGUUGGCUCUUCGUACCAUAGCUUUUCUCUGUCUGAGCCCGCUAAGGACCCCAAUCCUCAAGGCACGUUGAAGAUAUGGGAACAAAAACUGCGAGAGGCUAGGCUCACAUACGACCUAGGCGUGUGGUUUGCCAAGAAUCCGUCACGAGAUCUGUCUGAAGUAGAUGUGGACUCGUCUUCCGAUUACGGCGCCGCUGGACCUAGCUCAGCUAAAGCGAGCAAGCAGAACUCUGACGACGUGAACAUCGAGCGGGAGGCGCGCGAGCGCGUGGCCGCCAUGCUGCACCGCAGCAUGGGCGCCUCCACUGAGUACGACUUCUCGCAGGCCUCGAUGAACACAGACUCCUUUGACGGUCCCUGUGUCGCAGGCGAGGCGUCAGGCGCCGCAGGUCCGAGCGGGCGCGCGCCCACGCUCCACAGCCUGCGCCACCCCAUGCAGCGCAACUCCACCAGCGGCAGCUCGCGCCAGAGCCGGCUCUCCAGCUUCCAGUACUCCACCAGUGCGGCGUCCCACGACGAGCCUCAGCCGGGGCCAAGCCGCUGCAAUUACUACCGCGCCGGAAGCUCCGUGGAACACGUCAUUCCGCCUCAAAACCCCGACGACGCUGUUACGUCAAUAACUGUGAACGUGGUAAGCGAGAGCGAAUCGGAAACCGUGGUACCGUCGCCUCAGCAACCGGGCCCGUCCGUGCGGCUGCCGCUCCGCAGCACGAGCGCCGCCGCCGCGCACAACACGCUGCGCGUGCAGCCGCAGAGCGGCGUGCUCGCGCUCGUGCACAGCCUGCCCGACCUCACCAUCGACCCGUCCUCGCCGCCCGCGCGCCCCGCGCCGCCACCAACCCCUCAAACGGCGUCCGAGAGACUAUACCAAUCUCAUCAAGAGUUGCUACAACGAAAUCGCCUGUCUGCCACGCACCAUCAUCAGUACCUGAGCCCCGACCACAGGGGCACCAGUUACCCGCCUCCCAGCCCGACUAGAGCCGCAUUGAGGCGCGGCAUGGCGUUCUCCGACUCGUUCAAGUACCCGCCGCUGUCGAAGAUGGGCCACGUGAACAGUCAGUCGCAGCAGCAGCAGGCCGAGCCGCAGCCGGGGCCCUCCACCUCCGCUGCCGCACGGAGUGAACAAGGCGCAGUUAACCCAGUAAUUGUUCCUAGUACAAGCACGGAGAAAGAGAAAAAAUCAAAGCACCUGAUUAGCAGCAGGAACAAAGGAGGCAGCAAAAGCGAGAGUGCUAGCGGCCGCCGAAAGGACAAGCAGGCGGAAUGACGCCGAGCCAAGUCGAAAGACUGAAGCGGGAAGAAGAAGCGCAAGUCGCGUACUAAAUGGCUUUACAAAUGGUGCUGUCUUUGUUAAUGUGAUAGCCCGAAGGGCAGAGUGAGAACUUAAAUUUAGAUAGUUUUACAUUUGUAACAGCCAACGAAAACACUUGUAUUUUUGUGACAGUGGUGAAACUCAAUACAGACUUUGACCCCGCGUCUCCGAUGCCAAGUCUUACAGGAGUCGUAAACAACGAUAAAUAAAGGACGAGCCUUUGGUAUAACUGGUAACCGUGCCAUAACCACGCCGUCGCGUGACGCGUGACCCCUUCGAAGAUACUCUGGACAGGUAGCGCUGGAACCGAGCUGGAACUAUCACAUAUGUGUAGUAUGGCGGUUAGACACUUAACUUACUACUGAUGUACUCUCACGAGACACACUCUACACACUAAUUACCAAGUAAUUUACUGAAUAUUUUCCAGUAUCUAGAUCUACCAACUCAUUAUUCGAGUUUCAUUGUAGUUAAACUGACCUGCGUACCUACUCAAAUUCAUUAAUAAAUAGCCGCUUUUACCGUUUCCUAAGUAAUUAAUUUCUCUAAGAGUAAGUUACCUGCGUACUACAAAUCACUAUCUUUCACUUUGUAUUCCGAAAAGUUAUUUAAUUUUAAGCUAGAAUUUUAUAUAGUUCUUAUAAAUGUUUCCAUUUAUGAUAGUCGUUUAAAAUAUUAGAUUAAGGAAAAUGUUUCGUGCCUGUUGAUCCUUAGAGUGAUUGAUAAUACAUAUAUUUAUCUAAUUAUACGUAUGUGUAUCUUAUACAUGACUGUGCGUUCAUCAGACUUCCUGUCUAGUGAAAAAUAUUUGAGUGAAAAUUAUCUAAAUGUUAUGGUAACUUAUCUCACAAAAUGUCACAUAAACAUAAUAAAUUAAAUACCUAUGAUAUGACUUGAAUCAAAACUGUAGAGAAUGUAAGGCAGCGUUCCCACUUAUGCGUCGCGUGUCUCGGGGCGC